CGGCUUUGCUUCUAGGCAUCCUGGGGUCCAGGCAUCCUUUACGGCCGCGAUGAAUGGAUAUCAUCCCGAAGAGAGGCUCAUAGAUUCCGCCUCACUGGGGGAAGAAUGGGUAGAUUUGAGCUUCGCCAUCGGCAAGACACCGAUCCUGAAGCGGGUCACGGGCAUCGCCUCACCCGGACGUCUGACGGGCGUCAUGGGACCGUCGGGCAGCGGAAAGACCACGUUGCUGAAUGUGCUUUCCGGAAGACAACGGACCAGCGGAUAUUCCAGGACAGGUUCCAACAAGCAGGAGGUGAACUUCUCGGGGGAGGUCUUCGCGCGUGGCCGUCCGGUCAAGACCUCCUUCUUCCGAGGGAAGACGGCCUUCGUCUUCCAGGACAAUGCGCUCAUGGAUAGCGAUACCCCCCGAGAGGCUCUUCAAUUCUCCGCCUAUCUUCGCCUGUCGCGGAAAGUCUCAAAGUCCAAGCGAGAUGAUCUGGUGGAAAAGUUGCUGGAUGAUCUGCACUUGCAGGACUCCUCGAACGUUAUCACUGGCGGACCUUUGCGGAAGGGUCUCUCCGGUGGUCAACAGAAGCGGGUGGCCGUUGGUGUGGAGUUAAUUUCAAACCCACAGAUGAUCUUUUUGGAUGAGCCAAUCAGCGGAUUGGAUUCAUACAACGCUUUCACUCUGAUGCAAUCUCUCAACAAGCUCUCACGCACCGGUGUACCUGUUGUCUUGACGAUUCAUCAGCCGAGCUCUGAGAUUUAUGACCUCAUUGACGACGUCAUUUUUCUGUGUAAAGGAGAUGUCAUUUACCAGGGCCCGCGCUGGGGGCUCUUCAGCCACUUUGAACAGUUGGGGUUCCGCUGCCCAGCGAACCACAAUCCAGCUGACUUCGUGAUGUUCCUUAUCCACAAGGAAGAUGACGAGGUGUUGGAUCAACUCAUCGGCAAUUGGCGUACCAGCACUGCUUGCAAGCAGCUGACGACACGGAUCAUGCACGCAGGAGACCACUUCAACCCAGAAGCUGCUCGCGCAGCAUCGCGCAUUUUGACCUCGGACUCUGACUCAUCCGAUGACGAGGAUAGCAGCUCCGGGGAUGAGGAGGUUCCCAAGGUGUUUGGUCAGCCCAGGAAGAAGCGCAAUUGCUGUCAAGCGCAAUGGGCACUGAUCCAUCGGGACGCGCGGAGGAUUUGGAGAGACCGUAGCCAAGUGCUUGCGGCGAACAUCCAGAAUCUGUUGGUCUCCUUAAUCUACGGAUGGCUCUUCUUUGGCGCUGGCCUGCAGGAGAGUCGCGACUUGGGCUUCGCCUCGCAGUCCUUGCCCGAAGGCAUUAAGCCCUGCGAUGACGAGGUGCUGCGGAACCAUCCGGCCAAAGCUUUAGCUCGGGAUCAAUGUGUUCGCAUGUUUCAGGUCCACUGGGGUGCCUUGAGCAUCGUGGCCAUCAACACCAUGAUGGGUUCCAUCACUUGGGCCAUCACGGUCUUCCAGAACGAACGCUCCUGCUUUCUUCGAGAAGCGUCCAGUGGAUACUACACCAACUUUUCCUACUUCCUCUCCAAGACCUUGUUCGAAUUUCCAGUGAUGGCCAUAUCUGUGGUGGUCAGCAUCCUCUCAGUCUAUUGGCUCAUGAACUUGAAUGCCAACCCCUUGGCACUCAUGGCUGAAGUGCUGCUGCUCUCUGUGGCCUCGUCCUCCAUCGUCUUUUGCCUGAGUGCUCAGGCCUCAACGCCGGAGCAAGCCUACGCGCUGGCACCCAUCGCGCAGAUCCCCCAGUUCGCCUUCGCAGGCAUCCUCAUUCCCAAUGAGAUGGUGCCCUUGUCGUUGCGAUGGUUGAAAUGGCUGUGUCCACUCUACUAUGGAAUGACCAUGAUGUCACUCUCAGAGUUCGGCGGGCCCAUUGAGAAGUUCGAAGACUGCAAAGAAAGGUUGACGUCAAGCAACGGAACCGUGCCAAGCAUUGAUGUGAUGUACGAGGAGUGUCCCGGUGCAGCGAUUCAAGUCUUGGCCUUGCAUUCUCAAGGGGUGUGGGAGAACUUCUUUUGGUGGCCUGCCUUCUCAAUGUGCGUGAUCUUUUUCGUGGGCUUCCGGCUCCUGAGCGUCUUCAUCCUAUGGCGAAAGAGUCGAUUUGUUCUGUAGAGAAACAGCCGAGACGAUGUCCGGGGGUUUUCUUGAUCGGGGGACAAAGCACCUUUUUGUUCGGGGUACGAUGCAAAGUACUCGUGCAAAAGCAAUCAAAAGCACCUGUUCCUCUCCGAGAAGGGCCAGGUGGAUUGGCAGACGAAGAAAGACGCUCCUGUUCUGACCCGCUACAACAUCGUGACAACAGUAGAGGAUAUGCAGGAAAGAGAACAGACGGCAAAAGAAGGAGGUGGUGCAAAGCAAGCCCUUGUUGGCCUUUUGCCCACGGUUCAGUUGGGUGAACAUUGAACCAGUUGUUGCGAGUGUUCUUUAAUCAAACCAUGAAUGACUCCGAAGGGGAGCAGGCAAUUCCAAGGCCUAGGAUUGAAACACCUCAACCACAUAUAUAGUUUAGUUUAAUUAUAUAAUUUUACUUGCAGUGUUUGUAUGUACAGCCCAUAUAUACUCCGCUAUAGGUACUGCAGACACGUGACUCUUGACGUAUUUUGGCUCAAGAAAAGGCGUUCCGAAACGUCGAAACUCUGUUUUCAUGGUAGCGCGUGAGCCCGGUGAGAGCGAAAGGGACAAAGCGCUGCGCAUAAAGGAAG